UUAAGUUCGCUGCAAUCAAAUACAAAUCUUCAAGAUUUGAAAGAGUUUAUAUCCCUAAUGCUUAUUUGUCAACGCUCGAUGUCUCGAUUUAUAAUGCGUCUAUGCUAAUAUAGUUAGUGCAGCCAAAAUUAGUAAACAAACAAUAUAACUUCUUCUAGUAUGUGACUUUUAUCAUAAAACUAAUCGAUCAAAUGAAAGUUUUUAUGACCACAUUUUUACAACUUUUAACUAGAUCAAAAGAAUAAAAGAUACAAAGAAUUUGAUAUCUUUCAUUUUCAAAUUUCAACUCUUCUUGAGAGGCUAGCCGAAUCGUAUGUCUUGCUAUCAAAAGUUAUUUUAACAAGUUUAAAUUUCGUAAGCAAAGUUCACCUAUCAUCUUCAUCAUAACUUAAGCCAUAACUUCAGGAGUUUGCAUGCAACAUUAAAUGUCCCCAAGACCCCAAGCAUACUAUACGCUUUGACUUUUGAAAUCUUAUAUAUAAUGUUGAUAUUGUGACGAAUAGAAAACCUUAUACAUACAAAACUACAAAGUUGCUAAAGAUCAUAUAUAUAAGCAGAUAAUCGUUCGUAUAAUAUAUAGUUUCCAAGUCCAAAUUAAGGUGCCUGAUGCAAAGGUUACAAACAAGUUCUCGGCCAUCUGAAGAGUUUCUGAUUAACCUCUCGCCGGAUUCCGCAAGCCCUGACGGUCUCGUGGUCUAUGACGACAUAGCCAAGAAGGAACUGUUUCUACACAACAAUAGUUACAAGUCUGCUAAUGGAGAGAGAGCUAUUCAUCUAAUCCCUCUUGUUCUCUUUCUAUGUGGUUUUGUUCUUUGGGUUUUCUCAAAUGCAACUCAUGUAUAAUUACUAUUAAUUAACCUACGCCACGUAAAGGAAUAACCUUUGUUAAUGUGUGAUCAUUUGAUAUCUAUACUUUUUAGCAACCCCUACAAUAUUUGCCUCUAUUGGAUUCUUUUAUUUGUUAUAGUUAACUUUCACGGCCUUUCAUUGAGUUUUGGUCUCAUACGGUCAAAUUAAAAUAGCCACCAAAAAUAGAGGUAAGAAUUUGAUUUGAUCUUCGUGUCCAUCUUUGACUAAUUCGUGUCCAAUGACCACGGAAUAGUCGUGGCUACAAAGGAUAUAUAUGACUUAUUGGAGAGAACAAGUGUGUAGUUAAUCAACAAACUGAUCACUAUACUUCAUCUUCUAGAUCUCUUGAAGUCAUCUAGAAUGAGAUUCCACGCAAUACUUCAUCAAUAAUACUGC